CGCUCUCCGAGCAGAUUAUGAAUCAGCCGUGGUCUGUGGCAGUCUCCGCCGAUUGUCUCAAUGGCAAAGCACAAGCUCUCGCUGCUUUUCCCGGUCCUGCUCCUCGUCUCCCUGCCUCCCUCACUGCCCUGCAACCGAGUGCCGGGGGGUCUGCAGCCGAGCUCAGAGAUCCCUGCAUUCCGUGCUGUUGGCAUCAGAGGAGGUGUGGGGGCCGUCAGGAGCCACAUUGCGUCACAUGAUGGAAGCUUAGCAUCUGCACCCCCAAACCCACUCAGCAGGAUUCUGCAGCCCUCUGGGUGGAGCCAGCAGGCCCCGCCCAGAACGAAGCGGAAGCUGCUGCAGGCCUCUGGCUCCGCCCCCUACCCGCCCCUGAGCGUGGCCUCCAGCGGCAGGCUGUGCAUCCUCUUCAGGGCCCGGAAGCUGGCCAUCCGCUACCGGAACCACACCUCCGUGGACCUGACAGACAGGGUGUUUGGGCCCAAUGCCUCGGUGGACACCAAAGACUCCCACUGCAGCAAGGACACAGCAGUGUUGUCUCUGGGCUUUGGAGAUGUGGAACACAUGAAGGGCCUGGUUAUCAGACUCGAGAUGUCAAGCACCUUCUACGAGUCGGCAGGGCAGACCUGGUUCACCCUGGACAGCGUUCACAUCCACUACAACUGCGAGCACCAGGCGUCAUUCAGUGCGCCGGAGGUGUACGCGCCCACGACGCACUCCUAUCACUGCCAGCACAUCAGCAGCCUGCCCAAAUACGACAGCCUGCUGCUGCCCAGCCGCGGCAUCGCCGACUGGCACGUCACCUUCACCGACUUCCAGCUGCAGGCAUUUAACGUGCAGUCGGAGCGGUUUGCGUCUGCGCGGGAUUGCGCAGCCCUGCUGACUCCCGCCGUGCUGAUGGGCCUGGUGUCCUCGCUCAUCCUGCUGCUGGUGCUGGCCUACGCCCUGCACAUGGUGGUGCACCUCAAGCACAUCGACCGCUACGAAGAGCACAAGACCACGGUUUACUUCCCCCGCAGCCCCGAUGCAGACCGCACAGACAAGAACAGCUUGUGAUCGGAUCAACCCCCCCACCGCACGCAACAGAGGGGGAGCGGACAGGUGUGGAGCACUCAGAGAUUGUAAACUGCCCCC